AUGCUGACGCCACUGGAGCGGGUGGGGCCAGUGGGGGCGGUGGCGGUGGAGGUGGAGGCGGCGGAGGGAGUGGGGGUGGCGGUGGAGGUGGUAGUGGGGGGUGGGGGUGCUAGUGGCAGCGGUGGCGGCGGGAGUGGCGGCGGCGGUGGCGGUGGUAGCGGAGGUGGCGGAGGUGGCGGCGGUGGAGGUGGAGGCGGGGGCGGUGGAGGCGGAGGCGGGGGUGGCGGAGGUGGAGGUGGUCGGAGUGGGGCUUCGCAGCGGAGCGGCACUGGUGGCGGUCAGCGCCAACAGCAGCAGCAGCAGCAGCGUUCUCGCGACGUCCCCACCCCUCAGCAGCUCCGUGAGUGGUACUCGUGA